AUGGCAACACCCAGCGAAGAAUGCACACCUUCCAUCCACAUGUCAUUGACACCUUCCAGUCGUCUCUCUCAACUCACACUGGAUAGCAGCCAACCAAGCGAUUCACCACGUACACGAUACUUUGCUUGUCAACCAGCUGAGGAUUUCACUACCAAAUGGGAACGCACUUUUUCUUCUGAGCAUCAGCAGCAUCCCAACUUGUCCAUGGUACUCGAUUCAGACAAGAUCUGCUUUGAACAUAGACAACAGACGACCCAAGAAAGGUUUACGAUUGACGCAUUGUUUGAUAUGGAAAUGCAAUUCUCAGAACACUACCUAUACAAGGAUGAACACUAUGACCCUACAGCUUCAUGGCUGGAUGAGAUUUACUGUGAAGAAGACGAGGAUGAUGGUGAUGUGACGAUGGAAGACGACGAUGAUGACAUUCGUGCAACUAUACUCCAUGGUGAUGAGAACGAUGAAGAGGAUGAGGAUGAUGAGGAAAAUCGUCCACCACGACAAUGGCGAUCUCGACGACAUCAAAAGUCAAGAUUAAAGCAACCACAAACCACGAUGCUUCUUCAACAACAUUUACGUGCACCCUUACAAGAGCUUCCUUUGGAUGAAGAUGAAGACGAUGAUGAACAUGGCGAUUUUCCACGCAAGAAAAAGAAUACAACACGACGAGGAAGCUUUCGACUAAUGCGAUCACUUUCUCCACCCGCUUCUUCCAAUCGCAAUACACCUGUCAAAUCUUGA